UUACGAACGGCGCACGCGCAUGCUGAUAACCCGCUUGUAUAAAAGCAUACGAGCCUUCAGUCUCGUCCAUUCGUUACUUCUCCGUUAGAAGAGAUAAAGUAUUUUCCUUUCGCGAUAAUUGAUUAAACUGUGUCAAAAAUGUCUGCCGAGGAAAUAGUUAGACAAAUGGGACACAGACACAGUCAUGAUGACGAUGACACAGAGGGAGUUGUUUUGGCGAAGGGUGUCGCUAUGGCGGUACUUUUUUGUGCUUCCAUGAUCUGUGGUAUACUUCCCCUCUUACUGUCAAAGAAGUUUCGUUGGAUCAGCCCCGAUGAGGCUGGGAAUCUCAAGUCUACGAAUCGGGUGGUUAUGACACUUCUGUCUUUCGGGGGAGGAGUCCUGUUGUCCACCACUUUCAUGCACCUGAUACCAGAGAUCCAGGAGAAUGUCGAGUACCUACAAGAAAACGGGUCGCUACGAGAGUUUGAGUUCAGUCUCACGCCGCUUCUGACAUGCUCCGGCUUCUUCAUCAUGUACCUGGUGGAGGAAUUAGUUCACUUGUACAUUCACCGCAGAGAGCGAAAAAACGGCGCGGCGGCGCCACUGGUGCGAAAUCUCAGCGUGCGCAGGAGUCGCGCCGGCAACGAUAACUCCGGAGAGAAGAGCGUCACUAAUUCCACGGCGGAUCUCAUUGACCCAAACUCUAUUAGGAAAUCGAAGGACCCAGAACAAGAAAUCGCUCACGGCCACUACCACGGCCACCACAGCCACAUGCCGGUGGCUGCCGCGGGUGAUGACGUCACGUCCGCCCUCCGCGGCCUGCUCAUCGUACUGGCCCUCUCUAUACACGAGCUCUUUGAAGGACUGGCCGUCGGUCUGGAAUCUAGCACGUCACAUGUCUGGUACAUGUUAGGCGCAGUGUCAGCUCACAAGCUCGUUAUAGCCUUCUGCAUCGGUGUCGAACUAAUUGCCACCCGAACCAAAACUUGGUUGGCAGUGGUGUACAUCACGACCUUCGCAGUGGUCUCCCCUCUCGGUAUUGGCAUCGGUCUAGCCCUGGUUGGGGGCGGAGGGGCCACGGCUGCUGGCAUUUACUCGGUUGUACUUCAAGGCUUGGCUUCAGGAACCCUGCUCUACGUGAUAUUCUUUGAAAUAUGGAAGGGAGACAGGACUGGAUUUAUGCAAUUCGUCGCUUCAAUAAUUGGAUUCCUCAUCAUGUUUGGAUUACAGCUGCUGACUGGACAUGCUCAUAGCCACUCUCAUGGUGAUGAUGAACAUUGUCAUUGUCAUUGUCAUUCCCAUAAUUAGAAAACGUCGUGCAGAAGUAAAAGUAUAAAAGUUUGAUUUAAUAAAGUAGGGUACCUAAAUAUUUAUUGCUACAGUGAAACAAAAGAGUGAACCUACGUAACUAACUGAAAAACUGAAGUCAUUAAUACUCUUGAAUAUUUUAUUGGUUGUUAUCUAUCUGUUUUAAUAAUUUAAACAGAAACCGAUGAAACAUACAAACAUAGAAUCACAACACAUUUUUUAUGCAGAAAGGACAACAAAAUAUACCUAAAUUUUUAGGUUUCUACUAACCUAUGUUUUUUAUUUCACUGGCAGUGUAUUCUCAUACUUAUUGCUGUAGCUAGCAAAAACGUUGAGUUUAUAUUGAAAAAAGAAUAACACAUGCAAAAGAAUAUGUCACUUACAUUAUGAUGUACCUAACUAGGUAUGUACUUUUGGAUUUGGCUAUACCAAACCGUAAUAGUGUUCACUCUUUUUGCUCCACUGUACUUCAGAUCAAUAUGUUUUUCAUUUUGGCAUUGUGAUAAUUUUAGAAAGUACUUUAUAAGUAUAUUUGGACUCCCUUAAAUUUGAGCUGUAGACACAGCACUUUAGGGCAAACUAAACGCAAAGUACCUGGCGUAAUUUGAAGGAGUCUGAAUUAAUUGUUUUGCAUAAUAACGAAUAAGUUUGUACCUACUUAUAUUGUUAAUUUAAUGAAUAGCCAAGUACAAAAGCGAUUCUUUUAAGCAAUUUAAUAAAUGCUGGUUUUUACUUGACUAUACAUUUGAAGAAAUUUAUGAUAAAAAGUUGUACCUUAUGCCUAUUUCUUGAUAUAAUGUCCUAUUUAUUAAUUCAAAUAAAUACUAACUAUGUCGAACCUGUCAAACAGAACAAUUAUGCAAGUCUUCUUGUUAGAAUUUCUCUACCUAUGUCCAACAGGCUCAAAAUUAUAAAUUAUCUAUUCUAAGCAGGUUGACUAAGCAGAUAUACAAGGAGAGUGUGGAGGGAAAGGUCGGAGUGGGAAGACCUAGACGAACGUAUCUUGAUCAAAUUAAGGACGUCCUGGUAAAGGGUCAGGUCAAAAGUACCCGAAACCGCCGAGCUUGUAUGAAGAGAGUUAUGAAUGUGGACGAAGCGAAAGAAGUAUGCAGAGAUCGUGGCAAGUGGAAAGAGGUAGUCUCUGCCUACCCCUCCGGGAAAGAGGCGUGAUUUUAUGUAUGUAUGUAUGUAUGUAUCUAUUCACGUCUUCACCUUUAUGCUAAGAGGUAGUUUUUUGGGAAAUAGAAAUUAUGUUAACGUCGAUAAUACAGGGUGAUAUUUAAAACAACUGCAUCCUUUUAAACAGAGACUAUACCCAUGCUUCUGAGCCAUUUGAGCCUAUUUUUAUUUAAAUUAAACGUCAUCAUUUUCACAUUACAAAAACCCUCAAAAACUACGUCACACGCUUUAUUAAAGACCAAUACUACAAAAGAAAUUAAAACUUAACAUGUUAAUAAAUGUCUGAAAAAGAAAUUAUUUUUCUAGUAUCAAGAUCAAGUCAAGAUUCACAGUGCGAAAUGGUUACUAACCGUUUACGCUAUCUACUGAACUCCGCAUGGCCAUAGCGCAUUGCGACAUUCAACCUAAAUUCCAUUAUAUUGAGAUUAUAAUCCUAUCAAAUUGCACGAUGGAAAGUUUUAAUUUUUUCGUACUUUCUGAAAUAUGAACCUAUAUUUUUCUUUAAACGUUUUUAAAUAUCCUUUAUAUGAGUACACUUAACAGUUAAAUUUAUGCAGUCGAAUUAAAAGUCACCCUGUAUAAUAAUUUUAUUUGAGUGUAUAACAUACCCUGCAAUUAAUGUUUACUUUUGAAUCUAGUCAUGAGUCGUAUGCAGAAAUGUAGCCACAUAGGUUAUAGGUACUUAAAGAACUUACAGUUUAAUACUUUUCUGUAUGUACCCAUAAUUACGAACACAUAGGAUAUAACAAAGGUUGUUAUUAUUGUUUGUUACAAAUUAAAUUAUCAAAUUCAUUUGAUAAAAAGGAAUAGGUUUUUACAUUUCUUGUCUAUUUGACAGUGAAACGGGGAAAUUAAGUACCUACGGCAGAUUUUAUGGCUUUUUACUACGCUUUUAUUAGCUUGGUUAUAAAGUAAAAAGUCACGUUUGUUAGUACUAAAACAUAUGUAGGUACUUAGGUUAUGUAAAGUGUUAACGAAACUUGAUCUUUCUGUGAUAUCGAAGGAAGUAAAGGGAGUAGAUAUAGAUAUUAACUGACAAAAAAAGAGUCAGUGCCCAGUACAAAAACGUACUUAAUUUAUAAAAUAGCUAAGGUGAUAGUACAUAACUUUGAAAUAAGUGUUUGUAUAAAAAAUAUGUUUUAAGAAAUCUAUUUUAUAUAGACAUUCAUAAUGAUGUAAAACAUUCAUAAU